AUGAUUCCAAACACCAGCCGACCAUUCAAGGCGGCUCGGGGUCAAAUCGAGGCUGAGAAACAUGCAUGCCUACCGAGGAGGAUUGCAGACACCCAAUUUCGGACAACGUUUGAAGCUUCUCAACCGCUUAUGAGCUGCAUCAAAUCUUCCAAUGAAGAGACAUCAAUCAUCGCGGCACGAGAAUUGCCCAGGUUUUGGCGGCAAGAUCAAUUUUGCAUACACAAGAGAGGUGCCACGAGUCGAGUUCACCUCCUGCCUAACAGCAAAGAAGAAAUCCAUCUCGCAAAAGUGCAUUUCUCUGCACCUGGCAAUAUAGCAACCGAAGACUCUGAGCUACCAAGAACAAUUACGGAGAUUGGCAUGUCGCCAUAUGGGGUUGCCGUAUUCGCUUCGCUCGAAGUUUAUCCACUGUGGGAAGGAGCUCAUCUGCGUGAAAGAAAGAAGAAGGACGUGUUCAGAGGACUCGCUUGUUUAUAUAGCAUUAUGUGUGUUGUAGAUACCGCGCUGGACGCGUGCCUCAACUAUGAUGAUGAUGAUGAAAGUCUCAGUCGAGUAUGGAAUCCGCUGGGUCGGUAUUUGGCGAUUGCAGAAGAUAUCGGAUAUCAAGUAGACCAAGAGUGCGACCAGGUCUCGACAACCCAUUUGCUCACGACUCAGAAAAUUAAUUCUUCGAAGAACAAAUUCAUCCCAGCAAACAUGGACGCCACAGUAAAGACGGAAACCCCAGUAAGGAUGGAAACACCAGAUAGGAUGGACAGCGCAGUAGAGAUGGAAACUCCAGUAAAGAUGGAAACCCCAGCAAGAAUGGACAAUGCCGCGUUCAAGGCCGAACAAAACGACGAGAUCGAAUUUCGACCUGUCAGGAACGACAGAACGGAAAAGAACAUUAUCACUCUCGCACAAUACCAACAAGUGGUCCAAGAGGCUCUACCAGAAAUGGACCCGGAUUAUAUCGCAAGAACGGUUUUUGAUCCCACUCAUACAUCUCUCGUCAUGAUCCAAAAAAAUGAAGGACAGAUUGGUGUAAAGUCUGAGAGGGAAAUCGGCGGAAUUCCUCAAAAUGUCGACGAGGUGAUUGGCGGGAUCACUUACAGAGUUUGGAAAGAUCGCAAAUUUGUUGAAAUGAUUUAUCUUGUUGUUGAUACGGAUCAACACGGGACAGGGUAUGGAUCGUGUUUGAUGAACCAUUUCAAGGACGAGAUCAAAUCUUCGUACGCGGAGACAAUCAUGGAGAUCCUCGCAUAUGCCGACACCACUGCCAUCGGCUUCUUCAAAAAGCACGGCUUCGCGAAAGAUGUCACUCUCAAUAAGAGAGUGUGGGGUGGUAUUAUCAAAGAUUAUAAUCAAGCGGCACUGAUGCAAUGCACCUUGCUCCCAAGAAUGCGUUAUGUCGAAGCAGCUCGCAUGCUUCGUAAGCAGAAGGAAUGCUUAUUGGCCAUUCUCGCUGCCUCCAGUAGAAGCGACGUUGUACAUGCACCUCCAGCGCAAUGGUCGCAAGGUAUCGUCGGCCCCCUCGAUCCUUACUCUAUCCCUGGCAUUCGAGAAUCUGGCUGGUCACCAACAAUGGACGUAUUGGCACGAGAAACCGGUUCCAGACCUUAUAGCACUCCACUUCGAGACUUCUUGUCUUACUUGAAACGCCAAAAGCAAGUCUGGCCAUUUCUCGAGCCUGUCGACGGAGAUGUUAUCACUGACUAUCACAAAAUCAUUGAAAAUCCAAUGGAUUUGCAGACCAUGGGAGAAAAAUUGAACGAUGGCCUCUACGAAACACCGAAGGCAUUCGUGGAGGAUGUCAAGUUGAUCAUCAGCAACUGCAGAAUAUACAAUCACCAAGACUCGGUCUUCUACAGGUGCUCGAACGUGUUGGAAAGGUCGAUGUUGAUUUUCAUCAAGGCUUUUGUGAAAUUGGGAUUUGUGGAGGAAUGGCGUAACGGUGGGGGAUAUCCAGGACCACUCUCAAACACCUUUCGGAAUCAGGAAUUGAUAGUUGAUGAAUACUUUCCAGGAUACUAUAUUGGUAAUCUGGAAGCGUUAAUGCAGUUGGUUUGCGUACAUAGCGAUAUCAGAAGUAUCUGGAAGCCAUUGAACCACCGUGGUUAUCGCAAGUUGGCGCAUCUCUUUGCUUUUGAACGUGCAUAUGGUGGCACAACUUUCAGGGUGGCUGAAUCAGUUGGAUGGCGUCUUGAUGAGGAUCGACCAUCGCGGCUAUGA